GGACGUCUCGACCAAUAGGAAGCCUGGAGUAGAUGGGGCGGAAGUUUGCGUGUAGCGUCGAAUAGCUUCAAACAUGCUAUUAAAAGUUCAGAUUUGAGAAAUAAUUACCAACUUUAGCUAUGUUUAUCAAAGCACUUUUGAUGUUGUGAUGCUUCCCGCAGCGGCGGUUUUCCACUUCCCCUGGGAAAUCAAUACUGAUGUGGUAAAAGACGGAGCCUCUAUACGGACAUUUGGCAGACUUACAGAUUAUCUGCCGGAAGAGUCCAAGGCCAUUCUUACAUCCCAUCACGCAUCAGUGCAACACCAGGUGUCAAUCCAGACCUCCUUUGUUGAGCCAUUUGAUCCAAUAAUUGGGGCUCAGUACAUUGUACUCGGAGAGAUCGAAAAGUCAGAGGACCACGGCGAAGCCAUUGUGCGUGCACGGGUCUUUAAUUGUGUGGACGGCGUCGAUGUUGCACUGCUACAGAAGGCCGUGAAUGAACAGAGGGCAUUUUUUAUGGAAAGAAAUGACGAGGCUAGUGCACAGUAACAUCAAUUUCUGAAGAAGCAUAGCACAUGGAGAGCUACAGCUGGGAACUUUAGACUGUGGCUUGGGCCAGGUCAAAUAAUAAAGAUAGUGUUAAAAUGGCAUUAUUAGCAUUUUCAUCAGACACACAAAAGCUUGUUUAAAGUCAUAAUCUCAUGCAUAAGAAAUGCUUAAUUGAUUAUUACACAUCUUGGUGUGAUAUUAGAACCUAUAUGACAUAAAGCUAUUAUGCAAAAUAAUAAAAUAAAUAAAUAUGGAAGUUGUAAUCUUAGAUUUAACCUGGACCACCAAGUUGCCACUGCUGGGCCCUUGAGCAAGGCCCUUAAUCCUCUAUUGUUUAUGUGUAAAUGUGAUAAAAACAGAUCUGCAAAAUGCCGUAAAUGUAAUCUUAAAGAGUAGUGGUGACUCGAAUAUUUAAGGCUCUGGGUAACUGGUCAGAAUGUCAAAGGGUCAAGCCCCAGGUGGACCACCAAGUUGCCACUCAUGAGCCCCUUAACUCUCUCUGCUCCAGGGGCAUUAUAUCAUGGCUAACUUCUUAAGCUGAGGUAUGUGAAGAAAAGUAUUUCAGUGUGCUGGGUUUCUUCUUCAUCUAGAUAAAAUGAUACUGCAUCAGGUAUAAUUCCUACGUAAACAUUCAACUGUGUAAAAGUCAUAUUUUCCAGUUUGUAUGCAGUGUUUGGUAUGCAUGUAUGUAAAAUGUCCAUCAUUUUCAAACCAAACUCACUAAAGUAUUAUGUACUGGUUGUUUUAUUUGCUUUUGUGUUAACCAAACAAGACCUUAUUUUUUCCAUUUUAUUUAACAUUUCAGCGAACAAUUAUGUAUAUUUUAUAACAUUGUCAAGACGGGUGAAUCUCUCAAAAACAAUAUUUAAAUAAUUAUCCAUAUUUUAAGCAAAUAACAGAAAAAAAAUACCCAGCCCAUCAUCCCAAGUAAGAUAAACUCUGAAAGAUUUUUUUUUUUAAUAACCAUUAAGUAGAAUAUCUA